AUGUCUGACAGUGUGUUCAUCGUAACGGGCGGAAGCCGGGGAAUUGGCGCCAGCGUGAGCCGGAAACUCGGUAUUCCGGGGCAAACGGUUGUUGUCAAUUACACCGCCAACAAGGCGGCUGCCGAUGCGGUUGUUGCCGAAAUCGAGCAGCAGGGCGGAAAGGCUGUCGCUGUGCAGGGCGAUGUCGGCAGCGAGGCCGAUAUCCUCCGCCUGUUCGAAGAAGCGGACAAGCACGGCGGCCUUGCAGGACUGGUCAACAAUGCCGGUGUGGUCGACGUCUCCCAACGCGUCGACGAAAUGAGUGUCGAGCGCCUCAACCGGAUCUUCACGAUCAACGUGGUCGGUUCCUUUCUGUGUGCCCGAGAGGCCGUGAAACGCAUGUCGACGAAACACGGCGGACAGGGUGGCUCUAUCGUCAAUCUCGCCUCGGCGGGUUCCAAGCUGGGAUCGCCGGCGCAAUAUGUCGAUUACGCUGCCUCCAAGGGUGCGAUCGACACGAUGACGGUGGGACUCGCACUUGAAGUUGCCGACGAAGGCAUUCGCGUGAAUGCCGUUCGACCCGGUAUCAUCGACACGAAACUUCAUGCAUCCGGCGGGCUGCCUGACAGGGUGGCUCAAGUGCAAUCGAAACUCCCCAUGAAACGUGCGGGGACCGCCGAUGAAGUGGCGGAUGCAAUCAUCUGGCUCAUGUCCGACCAGUCCAGCUACACGACCGGAGCCAUCCUGGACGUGUCCGGUGGCCGGGCAAUCCUACCUUGA